AUUCCGUUUUUCCCGGUGUAGAGUGUAGCAAGCUAGUUUGGCUACUGCAGGCAGUGGCAGGAUGACAUAGGGGACACUUUACCGGAGUCUGCAGCUAAAGCUUGGAGGAACUGCACCUCAGACCAGAGAUUUUGGAGGACAUAGGAUACCCGGGUGAAUCGCCAUGACGACAGAACCAAAUUCAGAAUCUAGCGCGGACCAUCAGGAGGCCAGUGCGGCUUCACACCUGGAGGUGGACUCUUUCCCCCUGGCCGCCGCCCACAGCACGCCCGUCAGGAAGCAGCAGAACGGUGAGGGAGCGGAGGGAGGCGUGGUCCCACAGGGGAAUCAGCUGGAGCCAUCGCAGGUGGAGGAGGACAGGGCCUCGUACAGGUCAUCCACCAGUAAGCUGUCCAGGUCCCCCGGUGGAGGACGGAGCGUCCGCAGCUAUAGGAACAUGCAGUGCAAGGUCACCCUGCUCGAUGGCUGCGACUACACCUGCAUGGUGGAGAAACGGGAGAGAGGCCAUGUGUUAUUUGACAAAGUGUGUGAGCAGCUCAACCUCCUGGAAAAGGACUACUUUGGCAUCACAUUCCGGGACAUCGAAAACCAAAAGAACUGGUUAGACCAAUCCAAGGAGAUGAAGAAACAGAUCAGAGGAGCCGCCUGGAAUUUUUCAUUCAAUGUGAAGUUCUACCCUCCAGACCCUGCCCAGCUGUCUGAGGAUAUUACAAGAUAUUACCUGUGCCUCCAGUUGAGGGAUGACGUGGUGUCGGGGCGUCUGCCGUGCUCGUUCGCCACCCACACGGUGCUGGGAUCCUACACGGUCCAAUCAGAGCUGGGGGACUACGAUCUCGAGGAGUCUGGGACGGACUACGUCAGCGAGUUCCGCUUCGCCCCCAACCAGACCAAGGAGCUGGAGGAGAAGGUCAUGGACUUGCACAAGAACUACAAAGGAAUGACUCCAGCUGACGCUGAGAUGCACUUCCUGGAAAACGUGAAGAAGCUCUCCAUGUACGGAGUUGACCUGCACCAUGCCAAGGAUUCCGAGGGUGUUGAGAUCAUGUUGGGCGUGUGCUCCAGUGGUCUUCUGAUCUACCGCGACCGCCUGCGCAUCAACAGGUUCGCCUGGCCCAAGGUCCUCAAGAUCUCCUACAAAAGGAAUAAUUUCUACAUCAAAAUACGCCCCGGAGAGUUUGAGCAGUUUGAAAGCACAAUCGGGUUCAAGCUCCCCAACCAUAGGGCGGCUAAGAGACUAUGGAAGGUUUGCGUGGAGCACCACACCUUUUUCAGGUUGGUGUCUCCAGAAACUCCCCCCAAGAAGUUUCUAAACCUCGGUUCUAAGUUCCGCUACAGCGGGAGAACCCAGGCCCAGACGCGACGAGCCAGCUCCCAGAUCGUCCGCCCGGCGCCACGCUUUGAGCGCUCCACCAGCAAGCGCUACAUCAUGUCGCGCAGCCUGGACGGAGAGAUGGGCUCGGACCUAUACGGAAGGGCGAAGGGCAUCGCCAUGAGCGACCUCAUCACCACGGUGACACCGGAGAAAAAGGUGGAGGAGAGGAAGGCGGAGGAGGAGGUGGAAGUAGAGGAGGAGGUGGAGGAGGAGGAGGAGGAGGUGGAGGAGGAGGAGGAGGAGGUGGAGGUGGAGGAGGAGGAGGUGGAGGAUGAGACCACGAAAGCCACCGAGAUCUCUCAGCCAAGUCCAACCUCUCCCAUUCGACAUGACACCAAGACUGAACUGACAGACACUGGGGUCGAUGGUGAACUGACAGCCACUGGGUCGGACCAGGAGGAUGAAUCCGAGUUAAAGACACAGGACACAGUGGGCACCCCGGAGGAGCUGUUGAAACACGCGACCAACAUCAGUGAGCUCAAGAGGUCAUUCUUGGAGACGGGUGCCGACACGGCUGGCCUUACCGAAUGGGAGAAGAGGCUGUCCUCGUCCCCCCUGCGCUCGCCGCGCCUCGACGAGGCACCCAUGAUCGAACCCCUGGAACUCGACGAGGUACCGGACUCUGACGGGUGGGUAAUAGUAAGCAAAGUCCCUCCUAAGGUAGCCGAAAAGAAAAACAUUGUCAACUAUAAAGUUAUGGCCGUCGAUAACGCUGUGGCUGAAGGAGCGCUCGCCGGCGCCAGUGGUGGCGUAGUCAUCAAGGAGUUUGGCAAACCAUACGAGAGCUUCAGCCGUGAACUCACGUCCAAGACUGAGGAGAUGGGAGAGAAGACCUACACCCUGGGCAAGUCCUACGACACCAUGUCAGGCAAGAUCGUCACCAUGACGACGCGGGCCAAAGAUGGUGGGGAGGCGGCGGCGGCCGCUCCGACGGUGUUCUCCAGGGAGCUGAAGAGGGCUGCGGACCAAUCCACCACCACAGUGAAGAUCAUCCCGGUGUCGACUGAGUACGAUAAGCCAGUGUCGGUCCACUCGACUCUCCCGCCCCUAGAGGGAAUCGGACCCCCAAUGAUCACCAUCCAGGAGGCCAGGACCCCCUCUCCAUCUGAGGGAAUGGGACCCUCCAUGAUCACCAUCCAGGAGGCCAGGAUGCCCUCUCCAUCCGAGCCCAGCGACAGUGGCCUGGGCCUGGGCGCCAUGCGGACCGUGGUGUCCAUCCGCUCCAGCCAGGACAUCAGUGAUGCCGCGAGAGCAGACAGCAGGAAGCAGCUGAGGGAGACUUUUCUCCUGGGAGACAGGAGCACCACCCCUGUUGCGCCUCACACACCCCUCUCGCCACGCUCCCCAAUGGCCAAGUCCCCAAAGGCCAAGUCCCCCAUGACGAUGCCCAAGCCUCCAAUGGCCGACCUGCGUCUGAGCCCCGGCCCUGUGUCCUAUCUAUCCAGAACCCCAUCGCCCUCCAAAGUGCCUAAGCCCACCUUUGAGGAGAUGUCCCCGGAGCUCACCGCUCUCUUACAGUCGGCCAGAGAUCAGACCAGCACGCGGGGUUGGACUGCCUCGCCUGCCUAUAGUCAGGCCCUGUUCAAGACAACAGAGAAGGUGGAGCGGUUCAUGCUGCAGACAGAGGUGGUAUCAUCCCAACAACAAGAAGACCAGGACCAGGAACAGCCUGAGCAGCAGCCGGCACAGCCAGAACAGCCUGACAACAUGGAGAACCAGGCAGAGCAGCAACCUGAGCAGGUAGAGACAGACUCACUGGAAGGGAUAGAGGACGAUAGGCCUCAGUCCGUGCUGCGCGUGCAUGAUGACCACUCUGACGACUCAGACACGCCAAGCGAGGCAAGUGACACUAGUGACGCCGCUAGCAUAGCCUCGAUGGGGCCGGCCCUGACUGCCGCAGCCCAGGCCGCCGUGGAAAAGGCUAUAGGGGCGGCGGUGAAGCAGGCGGAGGCCGAGAAGAAAACUCCAGCCCCAGGCUCGGGUGGAAGCCUAGGCCUGGGGCUGGACAGUCAGUCGGAGGGAGAGGAGUCAGCAGGGUCAUUCUCAGAGGAGGAGAAAGAGAACAGUCAGGACUGGAGAGGGCGCUUCGUGCCCCCCUCCUCCGUGCCCUCCUCUCCUAUAGGAGCGUCCUGGCAGAGUCUCAGUGGGGAGGUUGCUGCUGCAAGGGCUCACUCAGAGUUGUCUGUGCUGGAGUCUCCAGAGGUCCUGACCUUCAACAGGGCAGACGUGGUGGAGGUGACCCAGGAGGUCCCUGUAAUACACACAGAAAUGAAAACCGUCACAUACCAGUCACUAGAGGCCGACGCUGACGCUGAUCCCGAGGCGGAGGUGUUGAUGAGCGCCCAGACCAUCACCUCAGAGACCACCAGCACCACCACAACCACACAUAUCACCAAGACUGUGAAAGGUGGCAUCUCGGAAACGAGGAUCGAGAAGAGAAUCGUAAUCUCGGGUGAUGCAGACAUUGACCAUGACGAGGCCUUGGCUCAGGCCAUAAAGGAGGCCAAAAAGGAGCACCCUGACAUGUCAGUAACCAAAGUAGUGGUCCACAAAGAGACUGAGAUCACGCCCGAGGAGGGCGAAGAGUGACCGCAGGAUUGAAGGGUCACCGGGUUCACCAACGUUUCGGGAGCAUUCUGUUAACGUUACUUCACGCUGUUCAGAUUACGGGAUGCAAGCAGGAUACUGACGUUGCCAACAGACAGCACCCCACUGUAGUGGACACUACUACUGCAUCUGACCACUACUGAACUAAACUCAUCCACCCACACUCCCUCACUCACCAUCACUACUGGCAAACACAGACCUCCAAAGCUACCUUCAUCGGAACAUGUAUAUUGCAUGAAAAAGGGAACAAUUCUGAAUUUUUUGUAAAGGAAAGAAAACGAAUACAUUUUAGGAA